AUGAAUUCUUCGUGUACAACCACCACGACCACCAUGUCACCCCGCUCUGAAGCCAUGCAGAAAGGAAGAGAGAAAUUAAAGACGGUGCCCCUCUACCUGGAAGAAGACAUUCGUCCUGAAAUGAAGGAAGAUAUAUACGACCCCAGCUACCAGGAUGAGGAGGGGCCCCUGCCCAAGCUGGAGUAUGUCUGGAGAAACAUCAUCCUCAUGUCCCUGCUGCACUUGGGGGCUCUGUAUGGGCUUGUGCUGGUUCCUUCCAGCAAGUUCUACACCUUGCUCUGGGCAUACAUCUACUAUGUGGUCAGUAUUACUGGCAUUGGAGCCGGAGCUCAUCGCCUGUGGAGCCACCGAACUUACAAAGCACGCCUGCCCCUGAGGGUCUUCCUCAUCAUUGCCAACACCAUGGCUUUCCAGAAUGACGUGUAUGAAUGGGCCCGAGAUCACCGCGCCCACCACAAGUUCACAGAAACACACGCUGACCCUCACAAUUCCCGGCGUGGCUUUUUCUUCUCUCACGUGGGCUGGCUGCUCGUGCGCAAACACCCGGCUGUCAAAGAGAAGGGCGGAAAACUGGACUUGUCUGACCUAAAAGCCGAGAAGCUGGUCAUGUUCCAGAGGAGGUACUACAAACCUAGUGUCCUGCUGCUGUGCUUCAUCCUGCCCACGCUGGUGCCCUGGUAUUGCUGGGGUGAAACUUUCCUACACAGUCUGUAUGUUGCCACUUUUCUGAGAUACGCUCUGACCCUCAACGCCACCUGGCUGGUGAACAGUGCCGCUCAUCUCUACGGUUAUCGCCCUUAUGACAAGAACAUUGACCCCCGGGAGAAUCCCCUGGUUUCCGUGGGAUCUCUGGGCGAGGGCUUCCACAACUACCACCACGCCUUCCCCUACGACUACUCUGCCAGUGAGUACCGCUGGUACAUCAACUUCUCGACCUUCUUCAUCGACUGCAUGGCUCUCCUGGGCCUGGCUUACGACCGGAAGAAAGUAUCUCAGGCCGCUGUCUUGGCCAGGAUUAAAAGAACUGGAGAUGGGAGCCACAAGAGUGGCUGA